GCUGCCUGAGCACGCCCGCCGCCAGCUCGCCGCAGCCUGCGCCAAGCAGCGCGAGCCGAGCAUGGGCGGCCCUACGUCCCCUUCCUGGGCGGAAGCGGGCCGAGGCGUUAUUACAGACUGCCCCCCGCCCCCGCGGCGCCGCGGGACGCGCCGUGCCGUGCCGCGCCAUGAAGCUGCUCGGGCUCCCGGGGCUCCUCUGCGCGCUGCUCCUGGGCUGCUGGGAGCCCGGCGAUGCCGCCACAUGCUCGGAGAAGCAGUACGAGCACAAGGACAAGUGCUGCAACCGGUGCCCGCCAGGGGAAAAGCUGGUCUCGGACUGCGACGGCGCGGCGGGGUCGGUCUGCGCCGCCUGCGAGCGCGGGCACUACCAGCAGAGCUGGACCCGGGAGAGGCACUGCACCCCCCACGACGUCUGCGAGGACAAUGCCGGUCUCGCGGUGAAGGCGGAGGGCAACGCCACGCACAACACGGUGUGCCAGUGCCGCGCCGGCAUGCACUGCUCCGACGGCAGCUGCCAGACCUGCGUGGAGAACCCGCCCUGCGAGCGGGGCGCUGGCUUCGUCGCAGCCAAGGCCGCGGCCCGGACGUCGUCCCCCUGCGAGCCCUGCGCCGAAGGCACCUUCUCCAACGUCUCGUCCAAAACCGAGCCCUGCUACCCCUGGUCGAGCUGCGAGGAGAAAGGGCUGGUGGUGAAGGUGAAGGGGACGAACACCUCGGACGUGCUCUGCGAGCCGAGCAGGCGCUCCUCGCUGUCGGCGCUGAUCCCCGUCACGGCUGCCACCGUGGCCUGCCUCGCGGGCAUCUCCAUCUACUGCCUGCUCCACCGAGAUCCCAGGCGGCGGGUGCGGGAGCAGAUAAAGGCCGGGAAGCUCGGGGCGGAGGUCAGGGAACCCGUGGAGACGUGUGAGGAGGCCUUCCCCGUGCAGGAGACCCUGCUGGGGGGCCAGCCCGUGGCCCAGGAGGAUGGCAAGGAGAGCCGCAUCUCGGAGCAGGAGAGGCUGUGAGGGCGCAGCCGGGGCCUCCCCCAGGAGCACAGGCCGGGGCCAGCUCCGUCCUCGGUCCCUUCUCCGGCCAGGGAGGAAGGCCAGCGCCUGGCCUGGCUGCGGAUGACGUGACGCCGCAGCGGACCACGUCGUGACCACCCACACGGCGAUGCCAUCGCAGAGCCUGGUCCGGCCGCCCCCCCGGGGGUCCCGCGGCAGAGCAAAGCUCAGCUGCCGGCACGGGGAUGCCAUCGCAGAGCCUGGUCCAGCUCCCUGCCUGAGGAUGCCACGGCAGAGCACAGCACGGCCGUUUGCACAGAGACCCCGUGGCAGAGCCUGGCCUACCUGACCCCGUGGGCACGCCGCGGCCGAGAACGCUUGGCUGCCUGGGCAGAAACGACCCGCAGAGCCCAGCUCGGCUGCCUGCAGGGCGAUGGCACGGCAGAGCCGGUCCCGUGUGGGGAUGCCACGGCAGAGCUCAGCUCAGCUGCCUGCAGGGCGAUGCCACGGCAGAGCCGGUCCCGUGUGGGGAUGCCACGGCAGAGCUCAGCUCGGCUGCCUGCAGGGCGAUGCCACGGCAGAGCCGGUCCCGUGUGGGGAUGCCACGGCAGAGCUCAGCUCGGCUGCCUGCAGGGCGAUGCCACGGCAGAGCCGGUCCCACACGGGGAUGCCACGGCAGAGCUCAGCUCGGCUGCCUGCAGGGCGAUGCCACGGCAGAGCUGGUCCCACACGGGGAUGCCACGGCAGAGCUCAGCUCGGCUGCCUGCAGGGCGAUGCCACGGCAGAGCCGGUCCCACACGGGGAUGCCACGGCAGAGCUCAGCUCGGCUGCCUGCAGGGCGAUGCCACGGCAGAGCCGGUCCCACACGGGGAUGCCACGGCAGAGCCCAGCUCGGCUGCCUGCAGGGCGAUGCCACGGCAGAGCCGGUCCCGCGUGGGGAUGCCACGGCAGAGCCCAGCUCGGCUGCCUGCAGGGCGAUGCCACGGCAGAGCCGGUCCCACACGGGGAUGCCACAGCAGAGCCCAGCUCGGCUGCCUGCAGGGCGAUGCCACGGCAGAGCCGGUCCCGCGUGGGGAUGCCAUGGCAGAGCCCAGCUCGGCCGCCUUGUGCAGGGACCUGUGCUGGAGCUCGGCCCCGGGGCCGCGGGCGGGUGGUGGAGAAGGGUCCGGCCCCGCAGCGGCUGCUGCAGCCCGGGGCAGCGUGCCUGCCGGGUGCCGGGCGUGCUGUGCUGCCCCAGCACAGACAGGGCGGCUAGGGGAGAAAUACAGGACUUGCUGUCCCACA